AAACGUGAUUUGUCGUCAGAAGAAAAAGAAAAGUUUCCAUAUGACAUCGUAAAGAUGGCGUUGCCACCUGAGGCUCAGAUGGCACCUGACUCUGAUGAUCUCCGUGAGAAUGAUGACACGUCCACUACUGAUGACCUCGUUGAGGCAUCGGCGAAUCAGGAGCUUGAUAAGUCUCCUAACGCGACACUGCAAGUGCAGGAAGCCAUCUUGAAAGAGCUAACCAAUGAGGAUGUACAUAAGGUGGCCUGUUAUGACCAGGAUGUGGUGACAGAAAUGGAGGCAGAGCCUAAAGAACUUGGGGCGGAGCAUCAUGCCACCCAGACACUGACGUUUACAGAUAAUAUUGGUGAAGUGAAGGAUGAGCAGGCACCAGGCUGGUCGACAACUACAGCUGAGAUGAAGUUUGAAUACCUUCUGUAUGGACAUCGUGAACAACUUGCCUGCCAGGUGUGCGGGAAAACCUUCCUAGAUGAAAGUAAACUCAG